CAUGCUAGCUCGGGUAUGGGUCCGUGGACUUGCAGCCACAAAGAAAAAACCGCAAGUUCUCGUCAAAGAUGGACCAUCGCUUCAGGAUUUUAUUUCAUCAGCAUCCGUGGCAGAGGCUGUUGAGAAGUACGAAGGAAAACUGAAGCUGGAGAAAGGGGACAGACGUUUGCGACUUCCACCAUGGCUCAAGAAAGAAAAGAUUCUUCCAUCGGAAAACGAAAAUGUCAGUCGUCUAAAAAAGCAGUUGAAACAUCUCAAACUAGCGACUGUUUGUCAGGAAGCACGGUGCCCAAAUCUUGGAGAAUGCUGGGGAGGAUCAGAUGACAGUCUAGCAACAGCGACAAUCAUGUUGAUGGGAGAUACCUGCACUCGGGGUUGUAAAUUCUGUUCGGUCAAAACUGCUCGAGCUCCUCCACCAUUGGAUCCUAUGGAACCGGAAAAUACGUCGACCGCCGUUGCUUCAUGGGGUGUCGAAUACAUUGUUUUAACAUCAGUUGACAGGGAUGAUUUGCCAGACGGUGGAGCCGAUCAUCUUCGCAAGACAGUACAGCUGAUGAAGCUCAAGAAGCCUGAACUUCUCAUCGAAUGCUUAUUGCCCGAUUUCGCUGGAGAUAAGAUCAGUGUGGAGAAAAUGGCUACCAGUGGACUCGAUGUAUAUGCACAUAACAUUGAAACGGUUGAAAGACUGACUCCAUGGGUCAGAGAUCCACGAGCUAAAUAUCGGCAGUCUUUGGACGCUCUUCGAUACGCAAAGGAAGUCAGCCCAAAGCUAAUCACGAAGACAUCGAUUAUGCUAGGACUGGGCGAAGCUGAAGACGAGAUAAAGCAGUGCUUGGCCGAUCUUCGAGCUAGCAAUGUUGACGUUGUCACUUUCGGUCAAUACAUGCAGCCGACAAAACGUCAUUUGCUUGUCAAAGAAUGGGUGACCCCCGAGAAAUUCGACCAGUGGGCAGAAUAUUCGAAAAAACUGGGAUUCCUUUACGUUGCAUCUGGCCCUCUUGUUCGCUCUUCGUACAAAGCCGGAGAAUUCUAUUUGAAAAAUGUGUUGAGAAAUAGACAAAAUUAAGAUUACUGAAAUAUGUAAAUAUUAGAAGAAUUUGUGCGGGAUUCUUGCCAAAUAAAUUCUCGAAAUAGU